AUGGACUCUGCUACAUACACUCCUAGUGGUAAUGGGAAUGCUACUUCAAAGUCAAUGGAACUUGCUUCGCUUCAUUACGCCACAUUGCAUGAAUUUCUACUUCCCCAUCUAGAUUCUCUUGAACACAGUCAUGGACAAAGCAAGCAACGAGCGAUUGCCAGUGACAAACUGUCCAAACUUACUAUUCAACAAUUUUUUGAACUUUCGGUUGAUGUUUUUGAUGAGCUAAAACGUAGAACUUCGGACUCUGGGGAUCCUUUUUUACCAAUCAGCAAUGAUUUCCAUCCAAAGCGAAAUCAAGCUCGUCAAAAACUUGCUGUUCUUCCACUCUCUCGUUUUCGAACCUUGGCAAGCGACGUUCACUCUGAACUUGACUUUCGUUUUCCUACCAUUGCUACAGAAAUUAAAUCUAGAUACGCUACUGGUGAUACGUCAAAUGCAUCUAAUGAACCCCAAAGUGUGCCUAAAAAACUAGAAAGCAGUAGCAAAAAUGGAGCAUCUCUGCAAUCUUUGUCUUCUGAAAAAGAACCUUCUCAAACGCCGAGUGUAAAUCAAGUGCAAAAUGGUGCUUCAACAAAACUGCCUGCCAAUGAUGGCAAAGCAUCUUUGGAAAAUCUCAUGUCAAACAUUGACAAUAUGAUGACGGAUGAUCGUUCAAGCGACAACUACAAAUCCAUCAUUAUUUCUCUUCAAACCCGACUGUCAGAUCUUGAAGCUCAGCUGGAGAACGAAAGAACCAACAAAGCAGCUGCACUUAUGGAUGCCGACUCUGCUUUGCGUCGUGAAAAACAGAAAUACCAAGAGUUGGAUAAAGUAUAUCAGGAAGUUUACUCUAAUCAUCAAAUUUUGAGGCAGGAUUACAAUAGUUUACAGGACGAUUAUAAUGAGCAGCAACAAAUCUCGGCAGACAUUCGUUCCGAAGCCACUAAUCUUUUAGAGGAAAUCAAGGAACUCUCCAUCAAGAAUGAAGAGCUUAGAGGCUACGAGAGAACUCAUCUUGAAACAAUUCAAAAACUCAAAGAGGAGAUUAAACGACUAGAUAGUGCUGGAUCAAGAUCCAUUUCACAUGAUUUCAACUCUGGCACUCCUGUACCUGCCUCGUCUAAUAAUCACAUAUCACCACCACAGCCCUUCAAUGGUCGUGUCAAUAUUGACUAUGAUAUCGAUGAUAUUGUUGAUGCUGGUAUUGUUAGUCUGCAUUUUGUAGAUUCGUACAAGAAUGCUGUUGAUGAUUUGGUUUCUGUGUCAGGGAGUGAGAAUCCUACAAGUGUUCUUGUUGCCAUGAAAGGGAUUGUUAUUGCAUGUAGGAGUAUUACAGAGGACUCUGAGGCGUAUGAAAACAAUCCAGAAUGUGCACUAGAGGAUUAUGAGCGAAAUGAACUUGUAAAUGUCAAGAAUAAACUCUCGGCAGCGUUGACGCACCAAAUGGGAAUUGCCAAAAGUCUUGCCACCAACUUCAGUCUCAACACAGUCGCCUCUCUUGAAGCCGCUACAUCAGACUUAUCAGCAACAAUUGUUGAACUAUUGCAUAUUUAUCAAAGACACACAGGACUGUCCAACGCUAUUUCUCGCACUGAUGAAGAUGAAGUAAAGCAGCCUGGUGACUUUGGCUCAACCGAGCAAGACAAUUUCACUGGUAGAAACAAUAACGGCAUCAAUGAUUCAGCCGAAGAUGGUUCAUACGAGAUUGAAGAGCUUAAAAUUUUUUUGGAGCAGCAAACUGAUUUGAUUGUACAAGCUAUUCAGUCUCUUUUGAAUGCGAUGCGGCAAUCAUCAAGCUUUGGACAGGGCUUUAAGGACACUGUUGGUGGUAUUACCAGCAUUGUUGAUAAUCUUGUUGAUGUUUCUCGCGAUACAUUGAAUCGACCGCCUGGUGCAGCGUAUCGUGCUAAUGGCGGUGAGAUUUUGAAGGAACUGGCCGCUGCAAAUAUCCGUUUGGAUGAACUUGGCACGUCAAUGAUCAACUCUCCACAAAGCAAGGCUCUCAAACAAAAACUUGCUAGCUCGUCCUACGAAAUUGCUAAAUUUGUCAAGGAGCUUAUCAGUUUAAUUGAAUAGAUUUUUUAUCGAUGCAUAUCUUGACUUGCUUUGCAACUGAUCAUGAAUACCGUUUUCCAAUAUCAUAAUCUAUACCUACGCAGCUGUUGCGGAGCCUAGUCUUGUAUAGCAUGGCUAUUUUUCAUCAUUAUUGCUCUUAUCUCCAAUCUUUACGCACUAUUAAUCAAUCAUCUGCUUUAUCCUUGUAUCAGAAUACGCAUAUAGACUACAUCACUAUGUGUGCAGUUCAUUCAUCUUUAGGCUUAUGCCUCAAUAUCACGUUUGAGCUUCAACUAUCCUUCGUACCUUUCUGCGCAUAUUAAACAAUACGAUCCGGAAUUUGAUGUUUCUUACUAUUUGAUAUAAAUACUGACAAUACAAGUAACAUUGGCAAUAAUGAUCUGAUUUCUUGUUUAUUUGAACUCUUACAGCCGUAUUCAUGUAAAAUUCAAUACUAAAUAAAGGUAUCAAAGUACAUAAU